UUAUUAUAUUGGGAAUUAAAAACUGAAAAAACUUUUGAAAUUUUUAACUGUAUUUAUUUUGAUCAUCUUGAACAUGACUGUUUAUUUGGAAAAUAAUUCUCUUGCAUUGGACUUUUCAUCACUUCUGUCAAAUACACUUAUCAGCUCAGGGCUUGAGAAGUUAUUCGGUAUUGCUUUUGUAUUCACUGUUGAAACUGGCUUUAUUCCAAUUUCUUUAACAAAACAUUUUGAUUCAAUAAAUUCAAAUAUUCAACUAGCUAAAAUGAUAAAUAGUCUACCACUUAAUUCAUUUUGGAAUCAAAAUAAUAAUAUUUUCACUUCCCAACUAGUAAUGUCUAAUCAGUUAUGCCAUUUGACUGGAGUUCCUAAUGGUGAUUCACUUAUAAUUACUUUAAGUCAUUCAAAUGUAUCAAAAUGUUUUUUACUCGAAAAUAAUAAUUGCAACUCAGAAAUAUCAAUUUUUUCUAAUUUGUCAAUACAAUUUAAAAAUGUAGUUAGUUUUCCAAUAAAAUGUGCUAUAUUAGAAAAUACUGUUGGUCAAUAUCCAUGUUUGUAUGGAAUUCCUGAAGAACUAAUUAUUAUUAUUAUAACAAAACUAGACCCAUCAGAUUUAUAUGUCUUAAUGAGAUGCUGUAAAAAAAUGUAUAAUUUAGUGGUCAAUAAUAAUUCCUUAUGGAAAAAACUUGUUAAUGAAGAGCUAAAGAAGGUAACAAAUAUUCAAAGAAAUCAAAUAGAACACACUAUAACUGACUGGAGAAAUUAUUAUUUUGAACUUAAAAGAGAAAGAUCAGGUAGAAAAAAAAUUACUAUAAUCAGAUUAUAAAGCA